AUGGCGGCACAUCCAAGUCUCGAGACCAUGCGCGGCUCAGCAGUCUAUCUCCCUUUCAUUCUCCGUUUUCUCUAUGACCUGGUCGUCCUGCGUUUCUAUUGUAGCUAUGCCUGGCGCUGCCCUGCUCACAAGCUCAGCGCCAUGUAUAGCACGCAGAUCGAAGCGGCCAUUUCCCGCCGCCGGAGGGCCACGAACCAAGAGGAAUCAUGUUCCAAUCCGCCCUUGCGUCUUUUGGACAUUGGAGUGGGCACCGGCCACCACCUGGGCAACGCACCGCCUCUCCCACCAAGAUCUGUUUUGGUGCUGGCGGAUUUGAAUCAAAACUGUCUCGAGGCUGCCUCGGCGCGCGCUGCCAAGACGCACACCGAGGCAAAUAUCCAUACACUGAUGGCUGAUUUCCUCGAGCCAAGUGAGGAGGCCGCACUGGGACUUUCCCGGCGCCGCCUCGCGUCACUUGAGGAACGCGAGCACCACGGGGUUUGGAAAUGGUAUUUGAGAAUCUUGAAUGUGAGCUUGUUGGAGCGGUUUUCAAAUUCAAAGCCAGCGGUAUAA